AUUCUAUCAACUUUCGGUGCCGCCACACGUUCAGUCAUCACAGCAAGAUGACCAACCUUCGCACCCAGAAACGCCUCGCGGCGGCCGUUGUCGGCUGCGGUAAACGCAAGAUCUGGCUCGACCCUAACGAAGUCAAUGAGAUCUCCAAUGCGAACUCCCGCCAGACGAUCCGAAAGUUGGUCAGCGAUGGCCUCAUUAUCCGCAAGCCUGUUGCCAUGCACUCCAGAGCGCGUGCCAGAGAACUGAAUGCCGCAAGAAGAAUUGGCCGACACCGAGGCUUCGGUAAGAGAAAGGGUACAAAGGAUGCCAGAAUGCCUAGCCAAGUUCUAUGGAUGAGACGUUUGCGUGUUCUUCGACGCCUUCUGGCCAAGUACCGGGCUGCUGGCAAGAUCGACAAGCACCUCUACCAUGAGCUCUAUCAAUUGAGCAAGGGUAACACAUUCAAGCACAAGCGUGCUUUGGUCGAACAUAUUCACAAAGCCAAGGCCGAGAAGCAACGUGAGAGAAUCCUCAAGGAAGAAAUGGACGCCAAGCGUGCGAAGACCAAGGCUGCUCGUGAGAGACGACAAGAGAGAAUCCAGAGCAAGAGAAAUGCUCUUGCCGGUGAGGAGGAGGCCGAAGAGGAGAAGUAGACGACAAAGCAGUCGAUAAAUCAGUCGGGGAUGGGCAGCGACUUGUGACACAAUCUCGAUUGAUGAGCAUGAGCAUGUCUUAGGACGAUCUCGACGACAUGUCUUGCAAUGAUGGGUCUGCGAGCUUGGAGUCUUUUUCGCUACCAGUGAGACUUCGACUAUGACCGCAGAGGGUCUUUCAUAGACAACACCAGCACUUCUCUUGUGAAGUGGGUUGAGGUUUCACUCGGCGCAAUGAUAAAAACGAAUGGCCAAUUCGAGUGAACAAAGGUAAUGAUUUCUCAUCCUCUCGAAUACACUGUCAAUCCUGGACUCGCGUGUAUGUAAAAUCUCAAAAAGAUUCCAUGUGUGAAUACGGGAUGAUGCUGUGUCGGUCAGUAAGAUAGGUCCGAGAUAC